GUAUUUUGUGCAAAGAAAGGAUUUCUUUCUCCUUCUAUAUUUUUUAAUACCCAUAUUGGUCUUUCUUUUCUGGACAAACUCGGUCGGAUACUCGUGGUCGAAGUAGAUUUAUUUCCCUGGAUUUUUUUCUGCCAGGCUUUCUUCAAGACCGUUUCUUUGGUCUCAAAUUGUAGAAAGUUAACCACGACUGACCUCGGUGUUGCAUUUGGGUUCGGUUUUGGGGUGAGGGCUCGGUGGGCUCGUUGAAUCUGGAGUUCGAUCCACUCCGGAAGUUCGUGUUGCUUCUUAAAAAGUUGCUCCAGAAAAGUAGCUGUGGAUCUCCUUUCUACGUUUUCUGGUAAACCGAAGAUUCUGAUAUUGUUUCUCCUGGAUCUCCCGUCCAGAUCGGUGAAAAGUUACAAUCUGAAAGCGGAUCUGGACUCCACGCCUUAAUGAGCCGAAGUUCUGAUGGUUCCUACCUGGGAUCAGAGCUGAGUGGAUUAUUUCCACCAUGAGCCGCUUUCUGCAGCCGCCGGCGCUGAAGAAGCUGAGUUUUGUGACCUACAGCCUCGUCUUGAUCCUGGGUGUUGCUCUGCUGCUCUCGACCUUCAGGUCAGACAAGAUGUUGCGUCCCCAGGUUCUGACGUACACCUUGCAGCCAUCGGUCGGGCCGGCCACGGUCCAGAACCAAAUCGCAGGAACUACAGUUCUGAAAGGACAGUCAGCCCAUCUGAUAGGAGUCAUUGGCUCCAAGGCGCUGCUGGUGUCUGCUUUUCUGGAGCAUCGAACCGUACCCAAGAAGGUUCUUGUUAUCGCCAUAAUGUUUCGUAAAGAGAAAGUGUCCCUGCUGUGCAACCUGCUGUGCAGCGAGCAGCUUCUCUUCUCCAGAGCCUCCAUCAGCAUCCACCAGGAUCACUUCGGCUUUCCGUACGGGACGGCCGACAUUUACUGCCCGCUGUCGCCGAACUGGCAGGCGCCGACCCACGUAGCCAUCACCUUGGCAGACGUCUGGAACCCAGAUAAAACUGGCCUUGAGUUUUUGGAGGUUCAGAAUCAAAAAGUGCUGAACGUCUUUCCGUACAACUUCACCAGCUGUUUCUCCACCAUGUACAACUACACCAACGUCCUGCAGCUGGUGCAGACUGUGGAGAUGCUGCAGUUACUGGGCGUGAACAGAAUCGUCAUCUACAAGACAAACUGCAGCAUCGAGACGCAGCGCGUUCUGGACUACUACACCGACAAAGGUUUAGUGGAGGUGGUUCCUUGGUCUCUGUCGGAGUACCUGAAGGUUUCUCGUCGCGCCAAACCCAGUCAGGAUCCUGGUGACAUCCACUACUUCGGUCAGAUCCCGGCGCUCAACGACUGCCUGUACAGAUCCAUGUACCGGUCCAAAUACGUGGCGCUGCACGACCCGGACGAGCUCAUCCUGCCGCAGAUGGUCGACAGCUGGUCGGCGCUGCUGCCGCUUCUGGAGAAACGAUACGGCGCUAACCAGUGCUUUAUCUUCGAGAACAACUUUUUCCCCACUGAAUUCACGCUGCCUCCCCCGCCGCCGGACGUCCUGCCUGCGUGGGGCCUCUGGCGUGACGUAUCCGGGCCGAACGUCCUGACUCACCUGUACAGCGAACCCGCUCAACCCAAACCCGCCUUCAACAACUACAAGAUCAUCACCAACCCUCGGUCCGUGUUCGUCGUCAGCGUCCACGGAGUUCUGCACUCGCUGCACAGCUGCUCCUGGGUGGACAGGAUGAGCGCCCGGAUGUACCACACCAAAACUCGAGGACAAACUGGACUGAAGGCCCAGCAGCUGAUUUAUGACGGCCGGCUGCUGAGCUACAGCGGCCGCCUGACGGCCGCCGUCAGCACCGUCCUGAAGGAGACGCAGCUCCUGCCUGACUGAGCCUGACGCUUCGACGCUACUGACUGUUUACCUCACCAGCAGGAAGGACAUUUAAUUUAAUUAAUCCAUAUGGACCUUAUGUUUAUGCCUUUUUAUAAAGAAACUUCUGUUGCCAACUUAUAAAGUUUGUUGCUAUAUUUAGUCAUAUUUCAGACAUGAAGCAAUUUUUUUCUCUUAAAGAAAAAAGUUAAAAAAUUUUGACGUUUUUGUGUUGCAGCUACAACAAUAUAAGGCAGCACUGUGAUGGUUUCAGGCAAAAAUACUGAGGAACUAAACAAAUUUACAUGAAAAUGUCAAACGUUAAACAGAAACAUAAAGAUAGAACCCUACCUGACCUGUUUACAGUUUAAACUUUUCUCCAAACACUGAAUAAAGUUUAGCUAAGUUGCAUAAUUAAAGGGGCAGUUUCAUGUGAAA